AUGGCGCCGGGCAAGACGCUCAUCACCUUCGACGUCGACGGCACCCUGAUCAAGGCGGUCGGGGCGCACGCCAACAAGUUCCACAAGGACGCGUUCGCGCACGCGUUCAAGAUCGUCCACGGCCUUCACACCAACAUCGACGUCAUCGCGCACCACGGCUCCACCGACCAGCUCGUCAUCGAAUCCGUCCUCAAGCAUCACGGGCUCGAACACGACGUCAUCUGGGCCAAGAUGCCCGAGUGCUGCGACGCGAUGCUGGCGUACGCGUACCAAGCCGCCGCCGCCGGCUUCGCCGCCACCGGGCUGGAGCUCCUCCCGGGCGUGAAGGAACUCCUCUCGCGGCUCGCGGAGAGGGACGACGUCAUCGUCGCGCUCGUCACCGGCAACCUGGAGCGCAUCGCGUGGAUCAAGAUGAAAGCCCUCGGAAUCGAGGGUUCGUUCACCAAACCCGGCGUAGGCGGGUUCGGCAGCGACGACACGAAUCGCGGCGCGCUGGUGCGAAUCGCGAGGAAGAGGUGCGCGGAGAAGCUCGGGUGCGAGGUGCGCACAGCUGUGCACGUCGGCGAUACACCAAACGACGUGAGCGCCGCGGAGUUCGGCGGCGCCAAAGCCAUCGCGGUGACCACCGGCGUGUUCGACGCGGCAUCGUUGUUAAACGCGGCGGGAGAUAAUAAGGCGAACGUGACGGUGAUGGACGGGUUGACGGACGUGGACGCGGUGCUUCGGGCGUGCGGGCUGGAGCCGUGA